AUGAAUUUUGCUCUUCCUAAAGUGAUCGGCAUCGUGGUGUUACAACCACCAGGCAUAAAUGUGAACAGUAGCGAUCUGAUCGAUUGGUCGCAGCACCCGUGUAAACGCAAGUGCGUUGAUGGAGUGUUCCUGACCUGCCAUUACCGAUUCACCAUCGAGCUGUACAGUACAAUGAGCAGGGCAUGCUACAACUGUCCUUACAACGUGACCGAUUGCUCGAGACCCCACUGCAUACCUGCUGAUGGCAAGGAAAAGGUCGUUAUGGUGAUCAACCGAUUGUUACCCGGUCCUACGAUCGAGGUUUGUAAAGGCGAUCGCAUCAUAGUAGACGUUACCAAUGAAAUGCCAACCGACACCACGUCCAUACACUGGCACGGAAUACAUCAAAAGGGCACUCCCUUCAUGGACGGCGUACCGUACGUUACUCAGUGUCCCAUUUUACCUGGACAGACAUUCAGCUACAACUUUGUUGUCGACAAACCUGGCACUUACCUCUACCACUCUCAUAGCGGUGAUCAAAGAGCAGACGGUCUCUUUGGUGGUCUCGUGGUUCGCGAGUCCCGUGAGACCGAGCCAGCAAGCCGAUUGUACGAUGUGGAUGAGCACAUGAUCGUAGUUAAUGAUUGGACGAGCACCUCCGGCUCUGAAGCUUACGUGCUCGAGUACCAGAACAGCCGUGCUCAAGACCCACAUACCAUCCUCGUCAAUGGUUUUGGACGCUUCAAUGACAACAGAUCAGAGCUACUGCCAUUAGCCGUUUUUGAAGUCGAGCAGGGUAAAAGAUACAGAUUUAGAAUGGCCAACUUGGUCGUCCAGGACUGUCCGGUUCAUCUAUCGAUUAACAAUCACACUAUGCUAGCCAUAAGUGUCGAUGGUGCUGACAUUGAACCAAUCGAAGUUGAUUCGAUUCGAUCGCUUUCUGGUGAGAGGUACGAUUUUGUGGUGGAGGCGAAUCAAGAAAUCGACAACUACUUGAUGUACUUCGUAGGUGACAUUGUUUGUGAGAGACUCGGUUGCCAUCAGGUCGCGGUCUUGCACUACAAGGGCGCGCCAGAUUUUAAACUCAUGAAUGUACCUACAGCCCAGGCAAGAUUAAGCACCGGACUGUUCACCACUAACAUACGCGAACUGAAUCCCUAUAAUCAAGGAAUGGAAACACCUGGUUCCUACUGCAUUGCUUCGCUUAAUUCUGCAGAGCCUGACGAUUUGUCGAUCUCACGUGACCCCGAUCACCAGAUCUACAUUUCCUAUGAUUUCUACGAAAUGGACAACGAUGAUUACCAUCGAAGAGAUCUAUACGGCUACUAUCAAGUAAAUCAACUUCACCGUCAGCGUACUCUUCAACUUAAUCGAAUAAGCUUUCGGAUGCCGCGCUAUCCACUGCAAACUCAACACGACCUAAUCAAGCCGGGCCAGCUCUGCAAUGCCAGCAGUGUACAAAACUGCAACGAACAGCACUGUAUCUGCACCCAUGUUCUACAAGUCCAGCUGAACUCAGUUGUAGAGCUUGUUAUGAUCGACAACGGAGGAUUUAGCAUAAACCAUCCGAUACACUUACAUGGGGUGCACUUUCGCGUAGUUGCCAUGGAAAAGCUGGGGGAUACGAUAAGUGUGGAUCGAGUUAAGGAGCUUGAUCGCGCGGGAAAAAUUUCUAGGAAACUGAAAGGUGCGCCACUCAAGGAUACUGUCAUCGUUCCUAGUGGUGGAUACACCAUAAUACGAUGGGUUGCAGACAAUCCGGGUUACUGGUUCUUUCACUGUCACUUCGACCCACACUCAAGCAAUGGCAUGGCAUUAGUUUUCAAAGUUGGUGAUCACGAGGACUUUCCAAAAACACCAAAGAAUUUUCCGAGUUGCCAAGAUUUUAAGACAUAGAGCUUUGAGAAUUUAAAU